AUGGCGGAACACCAAAACCAAAUCCACAACCAUAACCACAAUCAUCAACAACAACCACACCAAACCCAGCAAUCCUUCACAUCCUCCACAACCCAAAGCAGCGGCAGCUUCUUCACCCGCAAACCUUCCUUCUUCAGUAGUCGCAACAAGUCCAAUCAUACUAGUACCCUUCCAUCGCGCGGAAGAACCACACCUCCCCAAACCCAAACCCAUCCCGAGAACCCCAGCGACGCCGAACAUCCCCCUCUUGACCUGAACCAAUACGAAUUUCCCCCCAAAGUACAAUCCACGCCACCCCGCCGCAGGCACGCUUCGAGGCAUUCCAUCUCCUCCUCUGUCGCGGACAUCGGCACGUCGUUGCGACGCUCCCGCUCUGCCUCCCUUCGAACCAACACCUCUAGCGGCACCCAGUCCUCGCAUAAGAGGACCCCCUCUUCCACCCUGGCGUCCUUCUCCCCAGAGAAGACUCCCUCGACCGGCAACCUUCCCCCAGCUGGCAGACCGGCGCUGUCCAUAUCCACCUUUUCACGGAACAAACACAAGAGUUCGGAGAAUGUGAAGCUAGACCAGACCGGAGGAAAACAACCUUACGAGAAGAGCCCCCUGAGCAGUGCUGUUGACAACCCAAACCCGAAGACACCAUUCGGUAUGGCCGUUCCCGUGCCAUUGAGGCAUCCCCCGAGCCAGAAAGAGAUCUCGCUCGCGCGGCAGACCUCUAACUUGGGGACUGGACUGGCGCCUGCUCCUCCCGUUCUUGCCAAUGGAGCCAAUCCGCACAUCAUCUUUCAACACAUACACGAAUUGGCGUCAAAGCGAAUAUCAACGUUGGACUAUCUCCGGAAAGCCCACGAGGGACGUAUAUACUGGUUCAACACUCUCCUGUUUGCGAAGCAGGACCUCACGCGACUCCCCUCCUUCACUCCGCGUAACCUCUCCCGACGAGCCACAAAUUAUCUCCUCCUCGGUUUCUCCCUCCCCACAAUUCUAGAUCUCAACGCCAAUUCUGCCACCGACUACCUAAAAGCCCUCAAUGCGCUUCUGCUGGAAUUCGAGCAAUACCAAUCGAUACAUCCUCCAGACGGAUCGACGUCUUCGUCCUUGUCCAGGGCCAGAAUACCACAAAUGUUUAAACGACCCAACCUGAUGGGUGGAAAGGGACGCCGCAGCUCCAGCGCCGCCGGCGAUUUCCCAAUUCUGACACAGCAAAACUCUUUCAAUGAGCCCCUGUCAGCCCUUGAGCCUUCUUCCGAUGACAUGCUCCUGCCGAACGAGUCGUACACGUAUUUGCAAACACCCUCAAUACCCUUCGAUCCGGAUUUCUUUAGUACAUUUGCUACACUGUGUGAUGUACUCAUCGAUUGCUAUACUAAGAUCCUGAGUCUCCUAAGUACGCCAGAGUCGGUGGUAACAGCUGGAGGAGGUGUGCCAAGCACCGUGGGUGACUUAUUCUCGAAAGCUGAUGCCAGAGUUCGCAAGAUCAUCUUAGGAGGCGUUGUUCGAGAAUUCGAGGAGAGUUGCAGACAGGGAGUGAGGGGUGAGGUUGGAGGGGUCGGCAAGGUCGUUUUGGGAGGGUUAAUGUGA